UUUUUCUCAUCCCGUUCUUCUUCGGCAGAGUGCGUGGAGUGGUGGAAUCUAGAUUGCUUUUUAAAUUAUUAAAGAGCAAUAUUGUUCAACAAUCUGAUAACACACGCAGUAGAUAUAAAGUGUUCUGCAACGGCUUCGCACCCGUCAGAUUGUGGUUGAUCACCUAGCAGCGAUGGCAGACGGAAACAGUUCGGACGAGGAAUUCCCCGACGAUUGGACCCUGUACGCCAAUCGUCCGGAAUGGAGCGACAUCGAGCCGCUAAAGCAGGACGAUGGCGAAAACCCGGUCGUGAUGAUUCAGUACAGUGAAAAAUUCAACGAUGUAUUCAGCUAUCUGCGGGCGGUCAUUUCGAAGCAGGAGAAGUCGACUCGUGCCCUGGGGCUGACACAAGAUGCAGCUAGGUUGAAUGCAGCCAACUACACUGUUUGGCAAUACCGGAGAGAUAUCCUGAAGGCGAUGAAUUGCAAUCUGUACGACGAGCUGGACUACAUUGAGGGAGUGAUUGAGGACAAUCCGAAGAACUAUCAGGUGUGGCACCAUCGGCGCGUGAUUGUGGAGUGGCUGAACGAUCCGUCCAAGGAGCUGGAGCUGACGGAGAAUAUCUUGAACAUGGAUGCGAAGAACUAUCACGCCUGGCAGCAUCGCCAGUGGGCUAUCAAGACUUACAACCUCUUUGAAGAUGAACUGCAGUACGUGGACCGACUCAUUUCCGAGGACAUGCGCAACAAUUCGGCUUGGAACGAGCGGUUUUUCGUGCUUAAACAUACCGGCUUCGGGGCGGACGUGCUGGAGAGAGAGAUAAACUACGUCAUGAAUCGCAUUCGGUUGAUCAAGAAUAACGAGAGUCCGUGGAAUUUUUUGCGUGGUAUACUGCAGCAAGGCGACGGAAAGUUGGGUCAGUUUCCGGAGAUUGUCGACUUUUGCGAAGAUUUGUACGAUUCCGGCAUUCGGACGCCGUAUUUGCUCGCAUUUCUGGUGGAUUUGUACGAUGAGAAGUACUUCGAGGCCAGGGAGACCGGCAAGGACCCGGACGAGUACCAGGUGAAGGUGCAGGACCUGUGCGAAUCGAUGGCCAACCAGCACGACAAGAUCCGGUGCAAGUACUGGCGGUACAUUGCGGAGAACUUCAAGAGGAAGGUCGACGGACAAGCGGAUCAGAAUGGGCUCUGAACAAAUUGCAUUGCGAAGGAAGGUUUUUUUUGUCGAUCACUUUAACGAUACACUAUGAUGC